UCUCAGACAGAUGAAUCCGAAGAGAACCUUUCAUGGAAAGCAAUUGGAUACUGUGGACCUGAUCCAAAAUUCAAAGCUCAGUUGAAGAACCACUUUUUAGAUGGAAAAUCUAAGGAAGCAGAAGAUGAUAAGGAAGAUGAAGAUGCAGAAGAGGUGAUAGGACCCCUCUACAAAGGUCUUGUCCAUCUGAAUAACCCACGAGACAUCGCUGCAGAUGCUCUGAGACAGUUAGGAUUCUCUGUCUCUGUCGUUCGUAGAAAGCACAAAGCUGCAGCAAACUUGUCUUCUCCUUCUUUGGUGAUUCAAUGUGAUGCUGUGGUGGUUGGUUCUGGCUCAGGGGGUGGAGUCAUAGCUGGUGUUCUGGCAAAAGCUGGUUACAAAGUGUUGGUGUUGGAAAAAGGAGGGUAUUCUGCAAGGAACAAUCUUUCCCUUCUUGAAGGACAAACCAUGGAUCAAAUGUACCUCAAUGGUGGAUUGGUUGCAAGUGAUGACAUGGGUAUGUUCAUACUUUCAGGAUCCACUGUUGGUGGAGGGUCGGCGGUAAACUGGUCUGCUUCCAUUAAAACCCCACAGCAUGUGUGCAAGGAAUGGUGUGAGAAACAUGGGCUUGAGCUGUUUGAGAGUGAAUUGUAUAGAGAAGCCUUGGAUGCUGUCUGUGAGAAGAUGGGAGUUCAAUCUGAGAUUGAAGAUGAAGGAUUCAACAAUGCUGUUCUGAGAAAAGGGUGUCAAGAGAUGGGAUAUCCUGUGAAUACAAUUCCUAGGAAUUCUUCAUCGGAUCAUUACUGUGGCUGGUGCUGCAUGGGUUGUAAGGAUGGGAAGAAGAAGGGCACCUUAGAAACAUGGUUGGUGGACUUGGUGAAAUCUGGAAAUGGAGCAAUUCUUCCAGGUUGUGAGGCACUAAAAGUCUUGCACAAGAAAAUGGAAGGGAGGGAUAGAAAGGUUGCAGGUGGAGUGGCCUUUGAAUUUGAAUAUAAAGGGAUUAAGGACAUUUGUGUGGUGGAGUCCAAGGUGACCAUUGUAGCAUGUGGAGCUCUAUGUACUCCAGCAUUGCUUAAAAGAAGUGGCUUAAGGAAUCAGAACAUUGGGAGGAACUUACAUCUUCAUCCAGUGGCAAUGGCUUGGGGCUACUUUCCAGAUGAACCUGCUUCUGAGGUGUGGCCGGAGGCAAAUAAGAAGAGCUAUGAAGGAGGGAUAAUGACAGCAAUGUCCUCUGUUGUUGCAGAGUUUGAACAAUCUGGAUAUGGUGCAGUGAUCCAAACACCUUCGUUGCAUCCUGGCAUGUUCUCAAUUGUCACACCGUGGACUUCUGGAGUCGAUAUAAGAGAUCGAAUGCGAAAAUUUUCUAGAACAGCUCAUGUAUUUGCACUGGCAAGGGAUAAAGGAUCAGGUACUGUGGAAUCACCACAUCGUAUCAGUUAUAAAUUGGCAGGUGUAGAUGAAAAGAACUUGCAGAAAGGAAUUGAUAAGGUGCUGAGAAUUCUGGCGGCUGCUGGAGCUGAAGAAAUUGGAACACAUCAUAAUAAGGGAAGGACCUUAAAUGUAAAGCAAGUGAGCUAUCAUGAGUUUGAGAAGUUCGUUAAGGAAGAAAGUUCAAGGCCACUUGCAGACCUUUCAACACCAUUGUGUUCAGCACAUCAAAUGGGGAGUUGCAGGAUGGGUUCUAAUCCAAAGCAAUCAGUGGUGAAUCAGACAGGAGAAACAUGGGAAAUGGAAGGCCUUUAUGUGGCUGAUACAAGUGUCUUUCCCACAGCUUUGGGAGUGAAUCCAAUGGUCACUGUUCAAGCUAUUGCUUACUGCGUAGCACAAUCUGUCCUAGAAGUUCUCAGAAGGAAAAGAAGUAAAUGAGGGGAAAAAAACGUGUGCUGUUUCUGUAGCUCCAAUGUUACUGAAUUCUCAGAAAAAACCUUGUUCAAAUAAUUUGGUGAGAAAUGCCAUGGUUGAAAUUCUAAAAACUUCAUGGUAAAUUUUAAAUUUUGUGUAUACAUUUUAUUAUAAUCUUAACUGUUGAUUUUAAAUCAACAGUAAUUACUGUAUUUUACCCUGAAAAGUGUUCCCUCACUUUAGAGGAAUCACAUCCUUUUACAA